AUGGAUCCCAAAGGAAACACGUUUAACCAGUCUGGACUGAGGGCAAUAAUUUGUCUUUUCUUCAAUAUCCCAUCAGGUCCACACAGUAAGCAAAACCAGACUGGCAAACACGCUGAACAAACCGAAUCACGUGUGGCAGUACACAGUCAUUUUAACGAAAAGCUUCUCAGCCUUAACCUGAAAAACCUGGGGUGCAGGCUUGGCUGUGGAUCAUUUCCCACAAGGCCAUCUGCAAAACCUUUAGACCUUUCAGGAUUUUCCACGCUGUGUCCCACAACAGUCAUAAAUACUGAAAGAUUAUGA